AUGUUCAUAACUUCACUUGAACUUUUUGACCCUAGUAAUGGCUUUAUCGUGAAUGAUACUUGCAUUUUUGAAGCUGAGAUAGCUGUCACAAAGCCGAAACAUGUGAAUCAGCUCGCAGAUCAAGUAGUUAAUACCCAUGCGGUUAGUUCUGAUCAACCCAUUGGAAAUGGUUCUAAUCCUUUACCUGGGGAAUUCUCUGUUGCAUCAUGUGGUGAACUUGUGGAUUUGAAGGGUUUUGGGAAAAUAGAAGAAGCUUUUGUUCCACUGCCGAAGGAAGUAUGUGCACAACAUCCCUCACUAAUUGACUGCCAGAAGAAGAGAAGUCGCAGGUUUACAGAAUGGGCAUUCACAGCUCUAGGUCAAGUUCUACAUUUUUUCAAGACUAGAAAGGCGAAGACUUGA